CACUUGACUUCAUGUGCUGUUAAUGUCAUUUAUUUAUCAUUCAUAUCAACCAGUUCGAAAUGGAUCGUUGGCAGGGUAAAGUCGCUGUAGUAACUGGUGCGAGUUCAGGAAUUGGCGAGGCUAUAGCCAGGGACCUUCAUCGGGAAGGAAUGAUUGUUGUAGCGUGUGCACGUCGCGAAGAUCGAUUACAGGACAUUCGUUCGAGCCUACCAAUUGAAAAACGCUCUCGUUUUCAUAUAAUGCGUUGUGAUGUAACUGACGAGCGGCAAGUGAAAGCCGUUUUUGAAUUUGUGAACGGAGAAUUCGGUGGUGUAGAUGUGCUUGUUAAUAAUGCUGGGGUUGUGAAAACCACUGAAUUAGUUCAGGCUAAUAAUACAGCGGAAAUCAAAGCAACUUUAGAUACUUAUAUCUUGGGAGUUGUUCUUUGCACCAGAGAGGCUUUCAAUUCGAUGAAAGCAAGAGGAAUUGAUGGACAUGUAGUGAUUAUAAAUAGCAUAGCAGGUCAUAAAACACCUAAUUUGGGAGAUGAAAUGCCAUCUUUUAAUAUUUACCCAGCUUCAAAGCAUGCAAUCACGUCCAUGGUGGAGACUUAUAGACAGGAAUUUAUGCGACAUGGCACAAAAAUUCGAAUUACGAGCGUCAGUCCAGGAGCAGUUGAUACGGAAAUAUUUCCUGACCAUUUAAUUGAUAUUAUUCGAACAACAAUGCCCUUACUAGCUUCAGAAGAUGUGUCGAAUGCUGUAUUGUUUGCACUUGCUGCACCUCCGCAUGUUCAGAUACAUGAAAUAAUUGUGAAGCCUGUUGGGGAAAAGUUCUAAAGAAAUGUUUCUAACUUUUGAAAAAAUAAUGGAAUGGUUAUGAGAAUACGUAUUUCUGUCUGUACGCCAUAUCGAUGAAUAAAUAAUGGACAAUUGUUUAUUUAAAUUGAUUAAGAUUUUAUAGUUAUGCUUAUAGAAAGAAGGGAAGAAGUACAUUUUUGAUCAUAUUAAUAAAAAGAUUAUUUUAGA